GCGGCGGGCGGGAAGUGAUGCGCUCCGCCGGCUUCCGCCAGCGGCCCGGCCGCGGCCAUGGCGGGGUAUUUGACUCCGCGCUUCAGGAGGAUACGGAGUCGGAGCGAGUUGGAGCCGCGGCGGGGGAGCGGGCGGCAGCGAGGUGGGAUUGCAGUGGUCCUUUUCAAGCAACUCAGCUGUGGAAUGGUAUUAUACGUGCCCUUCACAGUCAUCUGGAAAUCAAAAGACGUAGACAACAUCUGAAAACAUAUAAAAACUGUUUCACUGGCUCAAAUGCUGUCGAUGUGGUACUGAGCCAUCUUAUGCAAAGCAUGUACCUGAGCUAUAAUGAUAUUUCUCGUCUGAAGGGAGUCCGUGUAUGCCAAGCAUUGAUGGAUCACAAGGUGUUUGAGCCAGUUGGAGCAAAGCUUUACUUAUUCAAGAACGGGAAAGAAACAGAGUUUGAAGACUCAGACACUAGUCUCUAUAGAUUUGUAAAUGGCAAUCUUGAUCCUCCUCUUCAAGGAAAGAAUGAGAACAAUGAAAACUUGUCUCCUGAGCAAAUCUGCAAACAGAAAACAAAAAGAUAUUCCAAAGCAACGUGCGACGCACUUUCAAACCCCUCAGCAUUAGAAGCAGCUGAUAAAAAGAGAGUAGAGGAGCUUCUCCGAUCAAUCUAUGUUCAUGUAUCUUUACCUCCAAAGAUCGUAGCUAAUGAACCAAUUCAUCUGCUUUCAAAAAGAGUAAUAGAAGAUGUUUGGAAACAGCAAACUCUGUUACGAUUGCUGCAGUUAAUUGAUAUUCCUCUUCUAGAAGAUAUCUUGGUGUCUUCAGUGAAGACAAAACCAGACUGUUUUGGCAAAGAAGAAGACCUGGUUAUCCCAAAUACUUUCCUGGACAGAGAGGUUACAUGUAGCUUAAACUUGCCUGAGCUUGACAGAUGGCUCUAUGCUGCAAUUGAAUGCUUGGAGUAUUUUCCUGACCAAUUCAUUGUGAUGGUUAGUCAGCAGUUACCUCAGAGCACUGAGGAACCCAGCAAUCUGAAUACAUACAAGAAGAUUCUUUUUGACAUUAUAACAAAGUAUUACAGUCAAAAGAAGGAGUCUCUUCUUGCUGCUCAGGAUCUCCCUGUUCAUUCAGGAAUUAUAGAACUUAUAGAGAAAGGAAAAACAGAUCAAGCCCUAGAGGCAUUACAACUUUAUUUAAAAUUAUUAGCACCAAAUAUCAGAGAAGAACUACACAGGCUCUUGACAUUCCUAGCCAUUGCAUCGGAAUCUGAGGGCUACAGGUUACAAAAACAAUUUGAGAACAGAUUGGUGAUCAUCAAGACUUGCACAAAGUUCAUCUUGCAAAAUAGAACACUGUCAAAACCACAGGCAGAACUGCUGACUCAGUUUCUGAUGGACAAUCACUCUGAGCUCUUCAAGACUCCUUUAACUCUUCUGGAACUAACAAGUAGGAGACUUGAGAGUUUGCUAGAAGGACAAGAUCCAGAUAUCAAUUCAGGCUUCACCUUCUGCCAGCGCAUUACACCUCAAGAAUAUGAAGAUCAAAAACAACAAACCAAUCAGUAUCUUCUAGCAUUGAUUCGAGAGAUGGACAAUGACCCUGCUGUUCCUUUGAAGCAAAAGAAGAAAUUAAUCAAAGAAUUCAAAAAAUACCAUUGUCUAUUGUAGUGGUUGUAAAACUACAUGUGAAUUUUGUACUCCAAAUGGUUUGACAUCAACAUAGCCUUUUUCAUCUUCUUUAAAAAAAGUGGAGGAUGCACAUGAAAACUGUUCAUGAUAAAAAAUGUUUUCUUCCUAUGUCUUUACAUCUUCAGUUUACGGAAAUACAACUAUCAAAAUUACUAUGGUGCUAAAAAGCAUUAAAUCUAAUUAUUUUUUUAAGGAAAACGUAUUUAAUUGCUUGUAAGUUAGUACAGCACUGCUUGUGCUGCUUUGAGUUCAGCAUUUGGCACUUUUUUCCUUCUGUCCCACAACCCCAUGGCUCUCUAUCUGAGCCAAGUCUACAUUCAGAGCCAUGUUUGGGUUGAUAAUCAGCAGGGGCUUUUAAUCUUUUCUAUCUCUAAUUAAUAAUAAUUGAAACUCUAGAUUAUGACUCCUGUGGGUGUUGUAAAAUUGUAGAAAGUGUGUCAAAAAAUGUUAGAAGCAGGUAAGUGGGUUUUGAAUCUGGCAGGCAAAAUUUAUUAGGCAUGGAAACUGUGUGUGCUUGCAGGUAGUAAUUACAUCCUGUUGUUACUCCUUCUCCACUAUGGCAGACUGAGCUGCUGCAAAUUCAGCAAUUAUGCAAAAGCAAGUAGAAAAUUACAUUUUGAGGAAACCUAAGAAAUAAUAAUCUUAUUUUAGAUCUCUUGGUAUACUUAAGUAAUUUAUUUUAGCAUGAGGACAUUUUGAGAGUGUCCAGUUAUUUAUCAUGAAUACUUUGAUAAUGUUUAUGAAUUUAUACAGCAAAGCUAGAAAGGAUGUUGGCCUGUCUUGACACAUUGAAGGUUAACUGUACAUUGACAAGAAACGGUUGAUACAAGUCAUACAAUUAUAGAAUGGUUUGGGUUGGAAGGAACCUUAAAGAUCACCUAGUUCCAACCCCCCUGCCAUGGGCCAAGGACACCUUUCACUAGACCAGGUUGCU